UCAACACUAUCCAAUGACAGUCGGCCUACCAACUAGGGAAAUUAAGUUAAAACCAACCAGUUUGAACCGAACGCACCCUCUAACCGGACGCAAACAAUGGACGAUGGCGAAGAAACAAGUUACCCUGACAACGAGGACAGCAACAAAGGGUCAGGCAAACAAAAAGCGAGAAGAGCCCGAAAAACAUCGAGUGUACAGAAUGAAGAUGACGAGUUGGAAACAAAAUGCACUGUCAGCUAUUUUACUCUAUGCGUUUCUGGCCAAAUAGUAUCGGCGACAUUUCCGCUGGGUCCCGACAGAGAGUUCAUAUUCUGCCGCUUCGAGCUGAUCGCCGGUCCCGACUGGCAAUUGGUAUCUGGGGUGCAACACGGCCUCACGCAGAUGGCCACCAACAAGGCAGGCCACUUUAAUGACAAAAUUGCUUUAAGCAUGCCCCUUGAUGUCACAUACAAGAGCACCAGUCCCUUUGGCUGGCCACAAAUUCUAGUUAGCGUUUUUGGACAAAACGGACGCGGUGCAGAAACUUUGUUAGGUUAUGCACAUGUCCAUCUGCCCAUCUUCGGCAAUUGCAGGCAGGAGCAGCAGAUGUCCCAUCUAAGUGAAGUUCCUAUUUUGAUGCCAAAGAGCCCGGGCAUGCUGGCCGAUGUGACCAGUUGGCUGCUGCGACGACAGCCGGAACUCAAGGAUCCCAAAGUUCUCCUAGACAAUCUGCAGUGCAAGGGUCUAUCCAUGGAAUCCUAUGGCACGCUGGAGUUCCAGCUGCAUACGAUAAUGAGAGGAGCACGUAAACUGGGCUACAACUGGCAUGCCUGAGCUGGGAUAUCGAAUAAGUUGACGUUCAAAAUGAGUGUUAAUAAAACGUGAAUUGCUUCCAGCGAA